CCUAAGGUUGUGCAGCUCUAUCUAGGUAGGUACCCACUUUAGAUCACAUACCCCAAACAUAAGUGGGCCAUUCCGAGUACACUGUAUAGGUACAUUAAGUACCUAAUAGUACGGGCCUUCUCCCACAGCCGCCCCCCGUCAUGUGCAUAUUGUACGUGGGCCCGGUUCACUUAAGCUACUACCGCUCCUCCCGCAUUAUCUCAGAAUCCUCAAAACAACAACUUUCCAUAUCCUCCUGUGCCUUACCAACUAGAAAAUCAGAACCCCCCUUUCAAAACCACCGUUCGUUUCACCGCGCAAUGGCGACACAUAGGCAUCCCGAGCAUGUUGUCGCCACCAUCAAGUUCAUCCAGAAGGGCUUCAAACUGAUUCGCCAAAGCCGGACCCCUUACCUCGACGACGCGAGUGACCAAUUGAAGAAGACCCUUAACGUUGCGACCAGCCGUCUCGACUUCUACACUGGCAAGCCAGGGGAUGAUGGCGACGAAUUCAUCGAACCUUUCCCGCAUACCAAAAUGCAUGAACUAGUGAAUCGGAUCCAACCAUGGGAAAGCCCGGCAUGCCCGUCGAUACUACCCGUAGAUGGCGACCUGGACAACCGUGGGCAAGCUAGGGAUAUAUGGAAUGUGCUCCAGAGUUAUUUACGCCUUAAUAAAGACGAUGAAGCCCCGGGGAUCAUCAGCGGGACGGACUGGAAGAUAGUAACACCUGAGGAGGAUGAUAUCCUAUUCCCACUACUCACGAACAGCUUCUGGAAAGUGGAAAAAUUUGUCGACCAAUGCGAUUUCAAAAAGCCUCACAUCAGCUGUUUCUUGACAAAUGGUUCUCCCCUUAGAGAUAUGGUCCCUUAUAUGAGCGAGCUGGAGACAAUAGUGUGGGUUACGGGUAGUCGUCUUCUUGAUAAGGGAUAUCAAGACCAUCAUAUAGUCCCUGUCACUAUCGUUUCCGCUUCUGGACCUCGCCUUCGCAUUACCCAAGGCUAUGUGCAUCAGGGUCAGGUUUUCGUACGAAUGACGCCUAUUAUCGACCUUGAGGAGGGCGAGAGGAAGAAGUGGGAUGAAUUCAUCCAGACUUUGUGUUGGAUCGUGGGCAAUCCCAUCGGUAAUACAGCCUAAUGUUACGGACUAGCACACCGGGACACCUCCAUCCCACAUGGGUGUGUAUAAAGCAAGGAGAGGAGUAGGAGGGGGGGGGGGGGUAGUUACGUAGCCACGCCACGGCUAUUGGCGCCGACUGAUCAAAUCCCAUUCCGACAGUGGCUUGAGAGCUCAGUGCAGUGAUCGCGGCGUCCCCCCAGACAUAUGAUAAUGCGGCGUAGCGGAUAUCCGUAGCAUCUGAUGCAUCUAGUGGCAAAUUCAUGGUGUGAAGUUUGCAGCGCACUGGCUGGUCUUCAGGAUUAGGCAAAAUGUCGAUGAACCUGACUUGAGUGUUGUUAAAGAUUUUAUAGAUUUUUUCUGUGGUUGGUUGAGGGCGAGGCGGCUGGCGAUAACGCGACCUGUGACGGAGGAGAGGCCAUUUGGAUGUAGGUAUGGUAGUGAUAGAAUCGUAAUAUCUAUGCAAGGCCCAGAGGGACUUAGUGUCAGUUGAGUGAAAGCUCAAGAGGCUCGUAUGAUCUAGCCAGAACAGC